AUGUGAGGAGGCGGCGCGGGCGCGGAGGCGUGUUGUUCACCAUUCAGAUCCUUACUAGUCCUAUAAAAAGCGGCACUCGGAGCCGGAGCGCGAGAGACUGUACGCACGCGACCGCGCACUCACCAUCUAGACCGGUCCGGAUGGGGGGCGUGGAGAUGCUGCAAGGCUCCGCAGGUGUCCAAAUUGCGCGGGCGCUGAAAAACGCCGCCGUGUGCCUGAUGCUGCUCCCCCGGUUCCUGCUGGCCGCCGUGAUGCUGUGGCUCCUGGACUUCCUAUGCAUACGGAGGAAGGUGCUGAUGAAUAUGCGCGAGAGCGAGGGUGGCAUUGGCAGCCCCGACGACCCGCCGCUGUGCGUGUCCGACUCCAACAAGAUGUUCACGGUAGAGUCGCUGCGCGCCGUGUGGUACGGCCAGAAGCUGGACUUCUUCAAGGCGGCGCAUAUGGGUGGCGCGGCGCCCAACACCGAGGUGGUCCCGCUGGACGACGGCGGCGAGCGGGCGCUGCGGAUCCUGGACUACGCCCGCGGCCGGAGACCCCUCAUCCUGAACUUCGGCAGCUGCUCCUGACCGCCGUUCAUGACGCGCCUGUCGGCGUACCAGCGCGUCGUGCGGCAGUACGCGGACAUCGUUGACUCGCUGCUGGUGUACAUCGAGGAAGCGCAUCCGUCGGACGGCUGGGUGAGCUCCGACGCGCCCUACCAGAUCCCCCGGCAUCGCUGCCUGGAGGACCGGCUCCGCGCAGCGCAGCUCAUGCACCUGGAGGUGCCCGGGAGCGCGGUGGUCGUGGACACUAUGGACAACUCGUCCAACUCGGCGUACGGCGCCUACUUCGAGCGCCUCUACAUCGUCAAGGACCAGAAGGUGGUGUAUCAGGGCGGCAGGGGUCCGGAGGGCUACCGGAUCUCGGAGCUCAGAGACUGGCUGGAGCGCUACCGGAACGAUCUUGAAGGUUCUAGCGCGGUCGUGGUUCACGUUUAAGACGUGGAUGUUGUUGUUUUUUUUCUCCAGAUCACUCGUGUCCUUAUGAUGGAGUCUUUGGCUGUGUUUCAAAACCCGGUGACUGUCUGCACACUUACACAUGAAGGUUUUUGCACAUGGUUGGAGCACAUUUUGAGAAACAUUUUCUGAUCUAUAGUAUGUUUGGGGUCCAAAAGUAUGAGACCACUUGUGAAAAUGCGCAUUUGCAUAUCUAAUUUGAGUGAAAAGUUUCAACAUUUACAAAUGCAUAUCAAUUUGAGCUGGCAUGAGAAAAACCUGACAAUCAUAUGUUAUCCAGAGUGAUGAGAAUGUUCCAAAGAGCAUCUUGUGUUGCACUGGAAGCAACGAAAAUCAGAUGUUCAACAAAAUCGCAGAUUUUCAAUGUGCUCUCAGACUUUUGGAUGCCACUGUUUGUGCUUCUUUGGAGAUUAAAAAAAAAAAGUCCUUGAUGUUUCAUGAUGGGCUCUUCAGAUCCAUGCAUUGUGCACAUAGAUGCUUUUCUAAAGAACUAGAGUCAAACUUUUCAAGCAGGUGUCCACAGAGAAGAUAUAUAAACAUGUAGAAUAUUCGUACAUUUCUAUCUAGGUUCUAGAGCGCUGCUGGUUUCAUGUUUAUGAUGUAGAUGUGUGUCCGGUCACACUGUUGCAAUGUGUUCUUAUAAUGAAGUCAUUGGAUGUGUUUCAAAACCUAGUGACUGUCUACACGCUAACAAGUAAAGGUUCUUUAAUGAUUCUGCAAAGAACUCUCUUCUAAUCAAGAACCAAUUUGGUUGUGUGUCAUUCUUGGGUUGGCUAUACAGUCUAAAAAUGCCAAAACCACUUGAAAAUGUACUUCAAGGGGUCUGUUCCAAAACCUAGUAAGCUGCCUCGCUGUCUCCUGCCUACAUAGGCAGCAUCCUACCCAGGGCUGAUCUUUGGGUGGGGGCAUGUAGUUGUCACUUCAUUGGAUUUAGAGGGGGGUGUCACGUUUCAAGAAAAUGGUCAUUUAAAUAGCGCUCGUCACGGCACGAGAGACUCGCUUCGCAACUGAUUUCAAUACAGGUGAUGCGAGAGGAACGACGCGAUACUCUAAUGAGCAUAAACACGAAUAGCACACUCACCUUUUGGGUUAAAGUUAUCAAUACUCUGCAGUAUUAAAUGGAUUAUACGUAUAUAUUUAUACUCGAAAUUUCCCUCGCCUCGUCCGCCCUCUUGCAUUUAUUUUUCCACCAAGCUCAUUACAGUGCAUUCUGGGAUUUCCUUUGAAGGAUCCAUACAAUGCUACCUUUGCAUUCGGCCAAAACGAGAUAUCUUAAGAGGCAGCAUAAUUAAGGUACCUACCUUUUUGUAAGAGCCUAAGCGUCGCGAGCGCGCCCAUGAUGCCUUGAAAUGCUGCCUCCGUAGGCAGCGCACUAGAUUUUUGGAACAGACCCCAUGUAGUAACAAAAUCGAAAAUAUCUGAAUCAUCUUGGGUCAGGUUGAGCUCUUUUGCACAUUGCAUGUUCUUUGCAACACAUUAGGUUCACUGUAGAGGUUCUUGAGUUGCUAAAUGGUUCUUUGCCGAAUAAAAAAGUUCUUGAUGUUUCAUUGUAGGUUCAGUGUUUUGGUUUCUGGGUUCUUAAAGCACAAGUGCAUAGACACUUUUCUAAAGAACUAGAGUUCUGUGAUUUUCAACCAAGGGUCCACUGAAUUUUCUUACAUAUGAAUGACAUUUCUAACUGUAACACUAAUGCUUUUAAUGAAAGUGUUAAUUAAAGUAUCUAGCUUUUUGCAUUGGUGAUCUGUUAAGAUUUGAAACCUCUGAACUAGAGCAUUAAAAAGUUCUUUGUGGAACUGGACAAGGUUCUUCUAUGGCAUCACACAGCAAAACUAUUUUUGCUUUAAUUGGAACCUUGAUUAUUAAGAGUGUAGAUGGCAUUUCUGGACAUCAUAGGCACGUUUGAUGUGCAAAUUUUCCAUCUCGGUAGACAGCUCACUAGGUUUUUAAACACAGCCGUCCACCCAGUGUCUUCAUUUGCUGCUACAGACUGUCAAGCGCAAUACUGCACAUGUUGGGUUUUAGUUUUCAUGCAUACAGUUAUCUGGAUUGAUGUUUAUGUUGUCAGUGGCCAUGCGACCGCAUGUUAGCUGUUGUGCUUUUGUUGUCCUUAAGGCGCACUUGUUUUAUGUCAAUCCAACCUGGCAUUUUAUUUGAAAUAUUGCAGAAUGAUAUAUCUAUCUGAAACAUAUCCUAUUUGAUUGACUAUUUUAUUUUUGUAUGGUAUCUUCUCCCUAUGUGUGUGUGUGUGUGUGUGAGAGAGAGAGUGUGUGAAUGAGUGUGUGUGUGGCCAGGAGGCUGUAUCAUCGUACUCUGGAGUUAUCGUGAAGAUCGGUUUUUAAAAGGAUUUUAACCAGAAAACCGAUACUGAUGUAUUUUGACACUAGAGUACCGGACAGAGAAAUGGCCUGCAGAUGUAUUGCCAAAUGUUGUUUUGUAAAUGGUGUAUAUUUUAUGGAACACUUUUUUAAAUAAAUGGUAGAAAGCCCUUUAAACUGGUUUCAUCUAUAAUUUUUAUGUAGCCCACACAGACAUGAAAAAUGAAAAAUAUACACUUUCACUGCCAUCUAUGACAUGCUGUUACGUGCCGUAAUGAGGUACAGAAAUAUCUCUAUAAACACAUCCCUGCUGAUGAUGAUUUUCUUGAA